UCCUAUCUGAGGUUUUCCUGGGUCAGCUCUUUGAGGCUGUGGAGUUGGAGGGCAGCCAACCUGAGCUUGGAGACCUCUUCCUGUUCAGGCUGAUGUCCCCCACUGGACGCUGGUGCGGGGCCCAUGUGGGCAUGUAUUGUGGCCAAGGAGAGAUCAUCCACUUCCAGGGCAAGAAUCCUGGUGGCCACAAGCUGCACACAUUUUUGGGCUACUGUGAAGGUGUUGUAUCUAAACAGGGGCAGCUCCCGGUGCUGCGUGCCCGGUGCUGCACUCCCACUGGCUUUGGCACAUGCUGCGUAAAUGCAGGGGGAUUGACCACUCUGUGCUAGAGUGCUGUGUACAUAAAGCCAUGGACGCUGACCCACCUUCCUAUCACCCAAUGCGGAGCAAUGGUGUGUACUUUGCACUACAUCUGCUCAGCUUGGACCCCCUACAAGAAGACCAGAGUCCCACUAGCCCGGUGUCAGUGGAUGUGGACUUGACUAUGGACUAGCCAUGACCUCAGGCAUGCCAAGGCGCUGGUGCCUUUAAGAACCUCAACGCCCUCCGCCCUGAUUGAUAAAUCCACGCGCUGCCUCCGCCACAGCAGAUUGCUGCCUCUGCAGAGCGCGGGCCGCGCCGCCGACCUCGCCUUCCCGGACUGCGUUCCCUUCCUCGACCCCAGCCGCAUCCCGGCCGCGCCAACUCCUCUCCAGCGAAGCUCUCUCCUCUGCUGCCUCAUGUCGGCCGCCCCCGCCUACAGCGACGACAAGGGCGGCUCUGCGGGCCCCGGGGAGCCUGAGUACGGCCACGACCCGGCGAGUGGCGGCAUCUUCUCCUCCGACUACAAGCGGCAUGAUGACCUGAAGGAGAUGCUGGACACCAACAAGGAUUCCCUCAAGCUGGAGGCCAUGAAGAGGAUUGUGGCGAUGAUCGCCCGGGGAAAGAAUGCCUCAGACCUGUUUCCUGCUGUGGUGAAGAAUGUGGCCUGUAAGAACAUAGAGGUGAAGAAGCUUGUCUACGUGUACCUGGUGCGCUACGCUGAGGAGCAGCAAGACCUAGCCCUGCUCUCCAUCUCCACCUUCCAGCGUGGCCUAAAGGAUCCCAACCAGCUGAUUCGUGCCAGUGCCCUCCGCGUCCUCUCUAGCAUCCGUGUGCCCAUCAUAGUGCCCAUCAUGAUGCUGGCCAUCAAGGAAGCUGCCUCAGAUAUGUCACCCUACGUGAGGAAAACAGCUGCCCAUGCCAUCCCUAAGCUCUACAGUUUGGAUUCUGACCAGAAGGACCAGCUGAUAGAGGUUAUUGAGAAGCUUCUGGCCGACAAGACCACGCUGGUGGCAGGCAGUGUGGUGAUGGCCUUCGAGGAGGUGUGCCCGGAGCGCAUUGACCUGAUCCACAAGAACUACCGGAAGCUCUGUAACCUGCUCAUCGACGUGGAGGAGUGGGGCCAGGUGGUCAUCAUCAGCAUGCUCACCCGCUACGCCCGCACGCAGUUCCUGAGCCCCACUCAGAACGAGUCUCUGCUGGAGGAGAACCCUGAGAAGGCCUUCUACGGCUCCGAGGAGGAUGAAGCCAAGGGCCCGGGGUCGGAGGAGGCGACUGCCACAGCUCUGCCCGCCCGAAAGCCCUACGUCAUGGACCCCGACCACCGGCUGCUGCUGCGCAACACGAAGCCGCUGCUGCAGAGCCGCAGCGCCGCGGUGGUCAUGGCGGUGGCGCAGCUCUACUUCCACCUGGCGCCCAAGGCGGAGGUGGGCGUCAUCGCCAAGGCCCUCGUGCGCCUGCUGCGCAGCCACAGUGAGGUGCAGUACGUGGUGCUCCAGAACGUGGCCACCAUGUCCAUCAAGCGCCGGGGCAUGUUCGAGCCGUACCUGAAGAGCUUCUACAUCAGGUCCACCGACCCCACCCAGAUCAAGAUCCUAAAGGUGAGUGUUGGACAGAAUCUGGGUCACUGUUGUGGUGUCCCACAGACCUACAUUCGCAGCAUGGACAAGGACUUUGUGGCAGCCACGAUCCAGGCCAUUGGACGCUGUGCAACUAACAUAGGCCGAGUCCGUGACACCUGCCUCAACGGCCUGGUGCAGCUGCUGUCCAACCGUGAUGAGCUCGUGGUUGCAGAGUCAGUGGUUGUCAUUAAGAAGCUGCUGCAAAUGCAGCCAGCACAGCACGGAGAGAUCAUCAAACACUUGGCAAAGCUCACAGACAACAUCCAGGUGCCCAUGGCCCGAGCCAGCAUCCUGUGGCUCAUUGGUGAAUACUGUGAGCACGUCCCCAGGAUUGCACCUGAUGUCCUGAGAAAAAUGGCCAAGUCCUUCACAGCAGAGGAGGAUAUUGUUAAGCUGCAGGUCAUCAACCUGGCAGCCAAGCUCUACCUGACCAACUCUAAGCAGACCAAGCUGCUGACCCAGUAUGUGCUGAGUCUGGCCAAGUAUGACCAGAACUACGAUAUCCGAGACCGAGCGCGCUUCACCCGGCAGCUCAUCGUCCCUUCGGAGCAGGGUGGGGCCCUCAGCCGCCAUGCCAAGAAGCUCUUCCUGGCACCCAAACCAGCCCCAGUCUUGGAGUCAUCCUUCAAAGACCGGGACCACUUCCAGCUGGGCUCACUGUCCCACCUGCUCAACGCUAAGGCCACGGGCUACCAAGAGCUCCCAGACUGGCCAGAGGAAGCCCCAGAUCCAUCUGUGCGCAACGUGGAGGUACCGGAAUGGACCAAGUGCUCAAAUCGGGAGAAGAGGAAGGAGAAGGAGAAACCCUUCUACUCAGACUGAGGGGAGUCAGGCCCCACAGAGUCUGCAGACAGUGACCCCGGGUCUGAGAGUGAAUCGGACAGUAAGAGCAGCAGUGAGAGUGGCUCUGGGGAGUCCAGCAGUGAGUCUGACAAUGAAGACCAGGAAGAAGACGAGGAGAAAGGGAGGAGUAGUGAGAGUGAACAAAGUGAGGAGGAAGGUAAGAAGAAGAUGAAGAAGAGGAAGAAGGUGUCAGAGGGACAAGGAGAAGGCACAUCCUCAGACGAGGGCAGCGAUUCCAGCAGCAGCUCAUCAGAGUCUGAGAUGACAUCAGAGACUGAGGAGGAGCAGGUGGAACCUGCCUCCUGGAGAAAAAAAACACCUCCCAGCAGCAAAAGUGCCCCUGCAGCCAAGGAGAUCUCCCUGCUUGAUCUAGAGGACUUCACCCCUCCAAGUGUCCAGCCUGUGUCUCCUCCCAUGGUUGUGUCCACCAGUCUGGCUACUGACCUGGAGGGCCUGACACUCACAGACUCUUCUCUGGUGCCCUCGCUGCUGAGUCCAGUGUUGGGUGUUGGGAGGCAGGAGCUGCUGCACCGCGUAGCUGGCGAGGGGCUGGCUGUGGACUACACCUUCAGCCGCCAACCUUUCUCCGGGGACCCCCACAUGGUGUCUGUGCACAUCCACUUCUCCAACAGCUCUGAUACCCCCAUCAAGGGCCUGCAUGUGGGCACCCCCAAACUGCCUGCUGGCAUCAGCAUCCAGGAAUUUCCUGAAAUCGAGUCCCUGGCACCUGGAGAGUCUGCCACUGCUAUCAUGGGCAUUAAUUUCUGUGACUCGACCCAGGCGGCCAACUUCCAGCUGUGCACCCAAACCCGACAGUUCUACGUCUCCAUUCAGCCACCUGUUGGGGAGCUGAUGGCCCCCGUGUUCAUGAGUGAGAACGAGUUCAAGAAGGAACAGGGAAAGCUGACGGGCAUGAAUGAGAUCACAGAGAAGCUCACGCUGCCAGACACCUGUCGGAGUGACCACGUUGUGGUACAGAAAGUUACUGCCACUGCUAACCUGGGUCGUGUCCCUUGUGGGACAUCUGAUGAGUAUAGGUUUGCAGGGAGGACACUGACCAGCGGGAGCCUGGUCCUGCUGACCCUGGACGCCCAGCCCACUGGAGCUGCCCAGCUGACCGUCAACAGUGAGAAGAUGGUGAUCGGCACUAUGCUGGUGAAGGAUGUGGUACAGGCUCUGACCCAAUGAUCCCAAGUGCUGUGACCUAUUUGGCCCUCACUUUUCCCUCCCUUGUGAUACCUAGGCUGUUAGCCUCUCUCUCUUCCUCUCUCAUAUCAGACUCCUCAUUCCAGAUACCAUCCAGGGGUCCUCUCUCUAUCUAGUCAUUGUCAGGCUCCCCCCAGUUUCCCCUCCCCAUGGGUUCCUAGGUGACCUGUGCAGAGGGAGGAGACAGCAGCUGCUCCAUUUAGUCCUCUCAGCUUUCGGUAGCUAUCUAUGUAGCAAAAUCUCAAUAAAACAUCUUCUCC